UCUAUUUCUUGAGAGCCCAUCACCUCUCAUCAAUUUUAUCGCGGAGACACCAAGCCCAUGUUUCCGCUUCCCUCUUUUUACAGAGAACCACUGCUACCUCUGCCAUGAUUCUCCAUAUUUGUAUUUUAAAUGCUCCAUUUCUGCAAUUUCUUUCCAUUUUCGUAGCUUGAAGGCUCCAUUUCUGGAUUCUUCUAGUUUCGAGAAUCGCUGAUUGCUUCUUGGAUUGGAGCUCAAAAGCCAUUGAAAUCGCCGAUUUGAUGCUAUAUAUGCUGCCUUUUUUCUUAUUAAGAGCUUGAAGCCUCAGGGAAUGACGAUUAUUUCGUGCUUUGGAGCUUAAGGGGACGGAAAAUCGACUGUUUGAGUAAGAGGAAAACUGCUAUUUCUGUAAUAUUCUUCCUUAUAUAUAUAUAUAUAUAUACAGCUUAGUGCUUGAGGAAUUGACGAUUUAUUCGCGUAAUAAAUCUUUAAAUACGAGUAAUUGCCGAUUUGUCCUUUUAUAGAGGGAAAGAACCUGGAAAUCUCCGCCGCUUUCUCUGUACUAUAGUUCUAAAUAUAGUUUGAAGACACGGAAAAAUCGCCGAUUCGUUUGUGUAAGCCUUUUUAAGUGGACGAGGAUAAGAGGCCGAGUAAGUUAAUUUUUACUGCCUGCCAGUGCUUCAAAAAGGCAAAGCUCUUAUGAAUCAGAAGAAUUUGGUGUUUGGAUAAGUAUCCAAGCUGUAGAGCUUCAGUUUCUUAUUAUAAUCUUCAGAUUAGGGCAAAAAAUCAAUCCUAAGGCAGUGAUUUUUGUUUGAUAUAUGUCCAAAUAGGUCAUCUUCUAAAGAUUUUGUUUAAAGUGGGCUUAAUCCCCGAAUCUCACCAUGGCUUCCGGGAAAUCUUUGUAAAUGAUCGGCCAUUUUUACCAUAAAGGAUCAGGAAUCCAUUAAACAGCCAUCGGUUCCCUCUAAGAAGCUCUGGUUUUUGCCAUUUGUUCACAGAAGCCCUAAUUUUUUAGUUCAAGAGCAGAGAAAAUGGGGAAUUGUCAAGCCGCUGAAGCUGCAACAGUAGUUAUAGAACAUCCUGAUGGUAAAAUACAGAGGAUUUAUUGGUCAGUGAGUGCUAAUGAGAUCAUGACUUUGAAUCCUGGCCAUUACGUUGCAGCGAUCACGGUUUCCCCUACUGCUAAGUCAGAGAAUGGGGCUCCUCUGAGGCAGCUGAAGCUUCUGAGACCUGAUGAUACCAUGCAUAUCGGCCAUGUUUAUCGCCUCAUCAGCUUCGAAGAGGUUUUGAAAGAGUUUUCGGGGAAGAAGUACGCGAGGCUUAGCAGGCUGCUAUCACUGCAAAAGAAGCCCAGAUCGAACGGUGGAGGUGAAAGGAGGGAGACCUCUUCCAGGUCCGAUUCUGAAAAAUUACCAAAGCCGGAGAGAGACGUGCAUAAGAGCGGUACCCGUGUGGCGAGGCACGGCCAAUGGCGCCCUGCUUUACAAAGCAUUGCCGAGGUUGGACGCUAAGCUCCCAUUUCCAAUCACAUAGAAAAAUAAAAACCGCAUCCUUUCUAUCUUCUUCCUUCCCUCCCUACAUUUGGACAACACUCUCCCUCUUUACUUUAAUCGCACACUCUAUACCUUUGAUAUAUAUUCCUGUUUGGUGAUUGCAAGUACUAAAAAAACGUAUUGUACCUUUGCACCAACGUGUUUGUUUGUCGUGAUUUUGGCUGCGCUUUUGGCCUUCACGUGUGAUUCAAAAGUGGACUGCGUUUUUAGUGA